AUGCUAUCAAUACUAAUACAAUCAUUUUCUCUUUCUUCUAUUUUGCCUAUAUUUUUUAUUAUUGAUAGUAAAGGUGUAAGAACUGAUGGUGAAGAAAUAGAAGCAGAUAAAGACAUAGAAAUUAAUGAUGAAGGUGCAAAUAUUGAUGAUGAUAAAGCAAAGACUAAUAAUAAAAGAAUAGAUGCAAACAUAGAAAUUAAUGAUGUAGAUGUAAAAAUUGAUAAUGAUAAAGCAGAAGUCAAUGGUAAAGGGGUAGGAACUGAUAUUACAUUAAUUUGA